CCCGGAAGCGCGCGCGGCGGCCAUGAGCAAGAGGAACCAGGUCUCCUACGUGCGGCCGGCUGAGCCCGCCUUCCUCAGCCGCUUCAAGCGGCGGGUCGGGUACCGGGAGGGUCCCACGGUGGACACCAAGAGAGAACAGCUUCCACUUGCAGAUGAUGACAGUGACAAUGGCAGUGACAAGGAAGACGAGCAGCCUCAAGUUGUGACACUGAAAAAAGGGGACUUGACUGCAGAGGAAGCAAUGAAAAUAAAACAGCAAAUCAAAGAGGCCUUAAAGUCAAAAGAAUCAGAUGAUGAACCAGAACCUGCUGAUGGAAAAAUUAUGUUCAGGAAACCAGCCAAACGUUCAUCAGAGAAGUGUUUGGACUUCAAUGUAAGUUCAAGUAAGAAGAUGAAAGAAGCAAAGAAAACUAAGAGGGAAGCAACUACUUCUCAGAGUACAGCCAAACAAGUAAAAAACAGCAGUCUUCUCUCAUUUGAUGAUGAGGAAAAUGAUGAUUAGGGGUUGUAUUUUUUUAUGCUUCACUUGCCUGCCUGGAGACCUGAACAACAUUGAGGGCUUUCAUAGAAAUUGAAGCAUGAUGUCUUGAGUCUUAUCUUACUUUAUUAUAGUCCAGCUAGUGAAAUAUUGUAUAAAGUUAGCAAGAGCUAAGUCUUUUCUUUCCAGUAAGUUGGAACUGUCUGUCAUGUCUUUAUUUUAAAAGAGAGUUUAACCAUGUAGGUAAAAGCUAUUUGAGGUCACAAAUGUGUAGCAAAAUAUACCUGUAUAUGUUCAGCUUAUGAAUUUUCAACCAAUUUUAAAAUGCCCUCCAUUACUAAAAUGUAUUUCUUCUAUAUUGAAUAGCCUUAGUUAACAGUUGUGUAGUUUUUACCUGUUGUCCUGAGGUGACUUUAUGAUCCUGGUAUCCCCAAUCACCUGGUUUAUGUUACAUAUUAACAUAUUAUUGACAUUCAAGAGACACUUCAUUGCUAUGAAAUAGAGACUGAAGUUUUCUGUCUCACACCUUAACAAAAGUUUGCAUGACCUUUGCAUUUGUGAUUUGCAAGAUUAGCUCUUUGCAGGGCCUUGCAGUAAAUGAGGCUGCAGUUGCUAAAGUCAUGUAGUCUUGAUCCUGUCUUUGGUGAAUGCAGUCUAAGAAAUUCAAAUUCAUUUGAAUUGGUUGUGAUAGCAAGGUACAGCGAUUUUUAUUCUAGUUGAUGGUAUCAACUAAUGCUAAAGAAGCCAUUGGAGAUUGUGCACUUUGGUUUUCACACUGAUGGACUCGGUGAUUUGGUGGUGUUUUGGGGUUGGUUUUUUUUAGUAUAUUUAUUCCAGUUGACUACUUAUGUUCUCAUAAUAAGUUGAGAUCUCAGCUUGUUUAAAAAACUGUAUCUUACCUUUAAGCUGUGGAAAAGCAUUAAUUUAGUAGGGGGGAACUUGUAAAUAGGGAAUUUAAGCCAAGCAACACUAUAGCUGUGUGUGUCUUGGUUUAAGACAGUUUCCAGGGCAGACACUCCAAAAUGAGUUACUGCCCCUUUUAGUUUUAACUGCUUUCCUUUCACCAAUAAGCAGAGAUGAAAGCAAGAAUAUUUAAGUGAAAAAAUAACAGUUUAAUAAAAAAUGAAACAGCAACUGAAGGAUAACAGUAAUCAUCAGAUAAAAAGGUGCUGAAUCCCACGGACUGCUUGGGAACAAAGACAACAAGAUGGCAGAGAAACCCCUCUCCAAAAAUGUUGGCCUCCAUAGAGCACGUGGUCCAGGGGACAAAGACAAGCUGGUGGAGAAACCCCUUCUCCUGACCAUGUGGUGGAGAGAGAACAAAGGGAAAAAUAACAUCACAGCAUCUGAAACAAUCUGAUUAUAAAAGUCUGUCUUCCACCAAACAGCAACCAAUGAUGAACAAGGACAAAACAUGAAGAAACCUGGACUCCAAAACAGUCAAAUUCUGCUGAUCCAUUUGCUCCACAUCACCCAGCAGGGUCUCUCUCCUGGCAGUGGCAGCUGCUCCAUCAACAGUGGCAGCUGGAACUGGUCAGUGGCUGGAACUCAUGGAGGGACUUGGCCUCCUCCUCAGCAGAAAAUGACAGGCAGAUGCCUGGGGCAGCCUGGACUCUGCGCCCUUCUUCUUUAGCUGAGGGCUGCUGUGGGGGCUGGAGUGACCGUAUGGAGCAGGGGCUGUUUCUUUUCCCAGUUGUGGUGCCAUGGCUGGUCAUCCUGGGUGAAAGCAAUGAAAAAGGAAGGAAGGAAAAAAGGUCUGAAGAGAAAGUCCUCCCUGGCCCAGAGACCAGAACAAAUGGGAGCUUCUGCCUUGCACUGCCUCAGCUUCUCAGUAGCUAGUGGGAACGAAAGAGAGGCCUGUGUCAGUGUUGUCCUACUUUUAAAGGGAUCCUGGCGUCCCCUGCCUCCACGAACCUGGGGCAAGACCCUCUGGUUCUGACCCCUGGGUCUUGAAGGGAGAGUAAUAAUCUUGGGAAGAUGAGCGUAGAAAGAAAGUGAUCAUUUCAAUACCUUUCCUGUAACAGGACAGAAACAACACUGAGAGCUGAUGGGAUUUGGGAGAACAAGGUGGUGGGAAUGUGACUUAUGACUUUGAAAUUAGAUUGGGUGUAUGGUGUUUUCUGUAACCAUAUGAAACUAGUUCUGCUGCAUGACAGGACAUUUGAAAUUAUUUGGCCUGUAAAGCUUCAUCGAGGAGCAAAUUUCAAGUUGCUGUGUGAAACAGCUGGUUUUAGUUUGUUCAUCUGGUAGUAAACAAUAAAUUAUGUUUUCUUUUAAGUGGUCCAAAGAUAUUUUAAU